GACCUCGGACAUUUAGUAAAAAAUAAUAUAGUAUCAAACCCACAAAAAUUACUGUGAAAUCUAAAAUUAGAUUCCUACACGUAUCGAUGCAGCGACUGCAUUCUUCAUAUUGCAGUCUGCACAUUAGCUCACUGAACUCAAACCAUGGACAAUCUACAUGUAUUUUGGCAUGAAGGAAUGCUCAAACACAAUCUUGGCCAGGGCGUAUUUGAUACACUGCACGAUCCUGGAUUUUUGGAGGUGCUGGAAAAUCAUCCCGAGAAUGCAAAUAGAGUGAAGAAUAUGAUUUCAAUCCUCAAAAAAGGACCCAUUGGUCCCCACAUUCAGUGGCACUCUGGCAGACCAGCGAUCCUUCAUGAAUUGCAUUCCUUCCAUACUCCUGAAUAUGUAAAAAUGCUCAUUGAAGCUGAUGCAGCUGGGGGAAAGACCUUAUGUGGUGGAACACGUUUGAAUCCUGGUUCUUGGGAAGCUGCACUUCUUGCUGCUGGUACAACACUUGAGGCUAUGCAGUAUAUUUUGGAUGGACAUGGAAAGUUAUGCUAUGCAUUAGUAAGGCCACCAGGGCACCAUGCACAACCAAAUCAAGCUGAUGGAUACUGCUUUUUGAAUAAUGCUGGUCUUGCAGUUCAGUUAGCCCUGCGGUCUAGCUGCAAGCGGGUUGCUGUGGUUGACAUUGAUGUGCAUUAUGGAAAUGGAACUGCAGAAGGGUUCUACGAGCGAGAUGAUGUUCUCACAAUCUCUCUCCAUAUGAAUCAUGGUUCUUGGGGGCCAUCACAUCCUCAAAGUGGUUUGCAUGAUGAAAUUGGUCGGGGAAAUGGUAGAGGCUUCAAUUUGAACAUACCUUUGCCUAAUGGAACAGGAGAUAGAGGUUAUGAGCAUGCCAUGCAUGAACUGGUUGUACCAGCCAUCAGCAAAUUUAAGCCUGAAAUGAUAGUCUUUGUUAUUGGUCAAGACUCCAGUGCAUUUGAUCCUAACGGAAGGCAAUGCUUGACGAUGAGUGGUUAUAGAAGAAUUGGUCAAAUAAUGCGUCAGCAAGCUGAUCAGUUUAGUGGUGGAUGCCUUCUUGUGGUACAGGAAGGUGGUUAUCAUGUCACUUAUGCAUCAUAUUGUCUUCAUGCCAUUCUUGAGGGUGUUUUAAAUCUGCCACAGCCACUUUUAACAGAUCCAAUGGCUUAUUAUCCAGAAGAAGAUACUUACAGUGAGAGGAUAGAAUUUAUCAAAAAAUACUGGCAAGAAGUAUCAGAAUCAUGGUUAAAGGAAAGUAAUGCAUCAUGAAGUCAAUGAAUUUUGUUUGUCACCUUCACAUAGUACAGGAAGAAGACAUUCAUAUCACUUAUGAAUCAUAUGUACCAUACCACUUCCAGAUCAUAUUUUCUUCAUGCCGCUCAUUAGGAAUAUUCUAGAAUCUGAAUCUGUCACAACCACAUUAUUUCAAAUUAAAAAUUGCUGAUCUUCCAGGACAUUAUAAAGUGAAAAGAUAUGAUGAAUCAAAAGAAUGCUGGAAGGAAGCAUCACACCCACAUAUGAGAGCAACACGAGUAUUCAGGAUGUUUAAUUAUGAGAAUCUGAAGCUGUCACAAUUGCAUGCUGAUGACAUUUGCAUGUCAGAACUUAGAUCCGUAUCAUAUGUAGCGAAAUUUCUGUUUUUUCUUUAAUUUAUAAGCAUAUCAAGUUUCAUUUCUUGGUUGAA